CUUCUCAAAGACUGCUGCAACCCAAGCCAUCUCUUUACAAUGACGAAAGAAAAUUCGCCGGUCGGAAAGAGAGUCUGGUACGAUGGCGAAUUUCUGUACUACUUAACAAUUGACAACGAAACCUUCUCAUUGUUUCCAAAGGCGAUUCCAUUCCAGCUGCCAUUGAAGAGGUGCUCUGUGGUGGGCAAUGGCGGCAUUCUGAAGAACAGCCGCUGUGGCAAGCAGAUAGAUCAAGCAGACUUUGUCAUGCGAUGUAACCUUCCUCCACUAAGCAAUGCAUAUAGCAAUGAUGUAGGAUCCAAAACUCAACUGGUAACUGCUAAUCCCAGCAUUAUUAAGAAAAGAUUCCAGAAUCUUCUCUGGUCCCGAAAAGCAUUUGUUGACAAUGUUAAAGUCUACAACCAGAGCUACAUUUAUAUGCCAGCCUUCUCAAUGAAAACAGGAACUGAACCUUCUCUCCGAGUGUACUACACCCUCACUGAUGUCGGAGCCAAGCAAACUGUGAUCUUCGCCAACCCUAACUUCCUACGGGAGAUUGGCAAGUUUUGGAAGAGCAAAGGAAUUCAUGGUAAACGGCUUUCAACAGGCCUCUUCUUGGUCAGUGCAGCUCUUGGUCUUUGUGAAGAAGUGACUAUUUAUGGUUUCUGGCCUUUUUCAAUGGACCUCCAUGGGCGAUACAUUAGUCACCAUUACUAUGAUAAUGUCUUGCCAGAUUCGGGCUUCCAUGCCAUGCCAGAGGAAUUCUUACAACUGUGGUUUCUCCAUAAAAGAGGUGUCUUGCGAAUGCAGCUGGAACGUUGUGAGGACUCUUGAUUUUGCUCUACAAGAUGGGAACUUUGUGUAAUGGCUGCCGGUGUUUGAUUAAUUCGCCGUCGGCAUAAAGAACAAACCAGGAAAUGUUGGGGGGGGGGAAUGAACCAACCUUUUAACAAAUGUGCAUGGACUUCACUUUGAAGGUGAAUUGAAGACUUAGAUUUUAUAGCAGUGAUGGGUGAACUGCCUGGUGAAUAUUAUUCUGCAAAAUGGCAGGAUUGAAAUGUCCAUUGGGAAGGUUCUAAAUAAGACUGAAGAGUGAGUUUACAAAGGGCUUUCAACAACAGUACUGAGUACUUCCUGUUGCUCAGAUAUACAUCUGAUUCCCAAAAUUUUGGGGGAUGUGUUUUGUUCGCUAUUUUUUAAUUUGUUCCCAAAGUUGGAUUUUUGAAAGGUACCUGAGCUACCUACUCACAUUUCCUUCAGAAAAUAUUGAAAGUAUAGCCGAAGAGGCCAGUUUUCUCUCCUCCUCCUCCUCUUCCUCCUCCUCCUCCUCCUUUUUAAGAAAACAGUAACUUAUUUCAACAGUGGUAUUCUACAAAUCUUGUAGCAUAAACUGGAAUUUUUUAAAAAAAAAUUCAACAAAUGUUAAUGUUUUUAGCCAGAUUUUUCUUAUGAAACAGCUGUCUAGUUUCUUCCACAUAGAUCUGCGGAGAUGAAAUGCAUUUGUUUCAGAAGGGUAAGGUCACUCCUGGUCAUUUAAAGCCUGUCCUAUUUGAGACUGCAAAAUGAAACUGGAAGCAGUUAUGAGCUGGUGUUUUAAUAUCAAAAUAUUCAGUCCAUGCUUGAUGAUAAAGAAGCCAACCUAUUCCAUAGGUUCUUCUUUAACUGGAGCCAUUUCUCUGAUGUCUGAAAGUUACAUAUAAUCUUUGCAAAUGAGGACUUCAUCAUACAUUCCAGGACUAGUUAAAUGCAUUGCAUUGCCCUUAUGAAAAGCAGAAGUUUCAACUCAAGGGCAUGUGCUAAUAGUUGUACCUUUCAACUUCUGUUAUCUCCAUUAAUAUGGACAGAACAUAGCAAAACAGACUGGCUCUAGAUUGGCAAAGGAGUGUGACAAGGCUGUAUUCUCUCUCCUUAUUUUUUGAACCCAUAUGCUGAAUAUAUAUUAAGGGAAGCUGGGUUGGACGAUGAGCAUGGUUUUAAAUUUGGAGGAAGAAGCAUCAAUAGCCUGCUCUGUGCUGAUGAUACUAGCUUGAUAACCAAAAACGCAAAGGAUCUGCAAACUCUAGUAAUAAAAGCCAAGGAGCACAGUGAAAAAAUGGGACUAAAAUAUAAAGAAGA